GUCAUUUUUUUGUUAAUAAAAUCGAUUUGUGUUUUUAUUCAACUUUAAACGUUUUGAAUUUCCUUUGAGACGAGAAGUUCCAGAAAGUUAUAUAAUAUUAUAUUUAUGAUGAAACUGGAGUGAAAAUCCCAGAAAACAAGGAUUCAUUUCAAGUGAGAUUGUUUAAAGGAAAUAUUCAGUCAUGAGGAUCCCACACAUUAUUAACAAGGACACUCUUGCAGCAUACGUACCUUCGCCAGAAUCACUUGCACUAAAAGGCGAAAAUGACAGAAUCAUAAAAAGUGAAGAUUUUACGGAAUGGGAUAAAGAUAUUGUACCAAAACUUAAUGAAUUAUGCGUCUCUGCUUUAAACAAAACUUUCGAGAAGAAACCAAUUCUAGACAGUUUGAUGUGUGAUGACAGAAAUUAUCUUUUAGAAAUCUUAUCCGUAAAUUUACCAUUGGAAUUUGCAAUUCAAAAAAUUGACAAUGAAGGUUACUGGGAAAAGAGAUACUUAGCAAAAUUUGGAGUAUGCACGCGACUAAAACCUAGAAAGUGGACUUGGAAAAGUUUAUAUAUGGAGAGACAUGUUCAGUUUAUGAUAGAAAACGCUGAACCGCAGCAUAACGAUGAGGAAUUCAUGGAUGAAAUGUUGGGAUUUUGUAAUCCAUACGUUACGAAAAUAAAAGUAACUCAGUUGUUACCCUGGAUACCCCCUAUAGGAAUGGAAGAAGACGAUAUUCCAGAAGUUUUGCCAAAAAACCAUAUUAACUUAAUGUUUAUAUUUAAAAAGUUAUCUAAUUUGGAAGAAUUUGAUAUAAUCUAUGGCAAAAACAAUGUCGGAGAAGACUUUUCUUGGAGGUUACUUGAUGUUUCGGUACUAGACUGUAGGAAUUUAGGUAAAGCCGUAGAAGCUCAUAAAUUCAUAAAAAUUCUUCGUCUUCACCGAAGCUUUAUUGACGAUGAACAUGCUCAGGCUCUGGCCAGGGGUCUCGUUAAAAACAAUACUCUCGAAGAACUCGACCUAUCCAACUGCAGAAUAAAGGAUGACGGUGCUCUGUGUAUCGCUAAAGUACUUCUACUUCACUCCAAAUUAAAAAAAUUAAAUUUGUGUAAUAAUUUGAUAAAGAAAAAAGGGAUGUUGGGCAUUGGUUACGCAUUAAUACGAAGUACUUCGGCUCCUUUGCGGAAACUAAAUCUACGUCUAAAUCCUUUGAUGCAUGAAGGAUGUUUAGCAAUUUUUCGAGCCAUGAUGAGAAGUAAUAGACCUGCAAAUUUGAACUUAGCAGCUUGUGGAUUUGAAGAAGAGACUGGAGCUCGUCUAGCACAAGUAAUAGAAAUGAACAAGUGUUUGGUGAAUUUGGAUGUGAGUUGUAAUUGGAUAGGUGAAGAUAACGGUCAGAAAGUGAUGGAAGGACUUAUGCGAAAUAGAACUAUAAAUUGGUUAAAUAUGCGAGAAACUAGUAUAUUACCGGACCACCAAGCUACUAUUAAACGAUUGUUGAUAAGAAACAGAACAGGCGAUGAAGGAUUUUCAGACUCUGAAGUCGAAAUUAAUGAGGAAGAGUCAUCAGAAGAAGAGGAUGAAGGCGCUGAAGACACUGAUUCACACGUUGAUUCAGAGGCGCAAUCAACAGUUAAAUUUAAAUGAAAAAUCAUUUUCUAUCCUUUAUUUAUCGAAGAUCGUAUUCUUUUUGGUAAAAAUUCGCUUUCUUGCAUAUUUUUUAAUUAUUCACUGAUAUUUUGUUUCAAUUUACAGUGUAUAUCAUAAAAUUUAAAAUUAAACAUUUUGUAAGAUA